CACUGGGAGGUCGUCCCUGGUUCAUCUUGGCUGGUUUUUUGGGGGAGUUUUUUUGUUUGUUUUUUUGCGCGUCACAUACUGUACAAAAAAGAAAAGAAAAAAGAAAUCUGUCAUUAUACCUCCCACCCUCUCUUGAAUUUAUCUGUCUGCUCGUCCCGGGAGGGAGCACCGAGCACCUGCCCCGAGGAUACGGAACCAGAGGAGUCAGGGAGGAGAGCUCCCCCGCCGAAUGCGUCACGGCAGCGGGGAGAACCGCGGCUCCCUGACGCACAUCCACCUGAGGCUUCUUUGGCGCUUUUCUUCAUUAAAACCUCUCCAUUGAGCGAACCUUUGUCACGCAUACGGAAUUUGAAACCUAACCACCACCAGGGACUAUUGCUUUUUUUUUUUUUUUGAGGGGGGCGGGGGCUUCAUGAAAACUUUUUGUUUUGAAGCUUUUAAAAAGGAUGAUGGUGCUGUGUGCCUGUGUCAAGUUGGCAAUCAUCUUGUAUUGUUCGUCCCUCAUAAGUGGACAUUUGGCGGAAGAACGCUGGCCCAAAAUUUGGCCCGCUCAGAAUCCCAUUGUUAUUCAUCGGGGGGAUCCUCUUCAUCUCACAUGCAGGGGGCACGGGCAGCUGCACUGGACACUUCCAAAGCCGGUGGACUCCCGACGGCUUAUUUCCUGGGAGGGCAUGAAGGUGCAGCGGUGUGAUUCCAGACACGCGUCGCACUGCAGCAAACUGACAAUCACAAACUUGAAUGCUAGUCACACGGGCGCGUAUAGUUGCAGUUACUCCAGGGGAGGCUCAGACCACAUUGCAUCGACAUAUGUCUAUGUCACAGAUCCAGAGCAGCCAUUUGUGGAGCCCCAUGAUCAGACACCGUACAUCCUGUUUGUUCCCAGACAUGAGACCAUCCUUGUGAUUCCUUGCCGUACAUCGUCCCCCAGUACUGUUGUAACACUAAGUCAACUCUCACCUUCAGAGGAGAUCAUCAAUGAAUGGGACCCAAAGGUGGGCUUCAGAAUUCCCUACAGCCCCGAGACUGUGUACAAUAUGUUAAUCUGCACCACCGUCGUCAAUGGUCAUGACUUUAGCUCAGUGUACAUCCCCAAGGGACAGUCACUUUUUCUUGAGAAUGUGACCAUCACCCCGGAGCGAGUCAGGGUGUUGGUUGGCGACACGCUCUUCCUGAACUGCACUGGAGUGACUACCUUUGGUGAAAGAAUCAGCUUUACGUGGGAUUUUCCGAGAAAGAAAGAAAAUCGCCACUUCACAAACAAGACCAAAGAUAGCAUUGCUCUUGCUUUUACAAUGAGCAAGGCAUUAGUGUUGCCCAACAUUACAAUGGAGGACAAGGGCUUGUAUCGCUGCAAAGCUGAGAUUUCGCCCACCAAACAUAAGAACGCCACAGUAAAAGUCAGCGUCUAUGAGCACCCCUUCCUCAACAUCUCAUACAGACACCAGGGCACAGUUGUUGUCAAAGAGGGCAGAAAGAGACUUGUGUUUGAGCCCAAAGUCAACGCUCUACCUCCACCAGAUAUGUUGGCAUGGUAUAAAAAUGGUGUCCCCAUCCUGAAGAAUUCCACCUGCUACAAGAUAUCCGGUUUCAACUUGAUCAUAUCUGACGUGCACCAGAAACACGACGGGGUCUUUACCAUAAGCCUCGGCAACCAAGCCCAUCGCCUGUACCGGAACCUGAGCUACACGUUAGAAGUCAAGGUGAAACCAAGUAUUUCCGAGCCGGAGUUGGUCCCUGUGGACAUCCAGCCCUACAUGUUUGGCAAGCGACAACAGCUGACCUGCACUGCUUCUGGGAGACCCACACCAAACAUCACCUGGCUCUGGCAACCCUGUCACGCCGACCCAGUCCUAAAACAAUGCAUUGUCUACACCGAGCCGAUGGUGGUCAACGUUAUGGAAGAGGGAAAAGCCAAGAACUGGAUCAACAGUAUUAGUACCAAGUCUGAAUUGGUUCAAGGGAAAAACAAGACUCUGAGCACCCUGGUGAUAGGAGAAGCCAGUGUGUCGGGAAUUUACUCCUGUUUGGCCCAGAAUGAAGAAGGCAAAAGUAUCAUGACCACACCUUUCUAUGUUAGCGAUCUCCCUGAGACUAUUUCCAUCCAACCUCCGUCAGCCAUCGAGAGGGAAGACAUCACCUUGACCUGCCGGGCCUCCCGUUACCUGUACACGGACUUGCAGUGGUUGGAUUCCAGGAAUCGAACCAUCACCUCAAACGUGUCCCGUCUCCAGCUCGACCGCUACUCCAUUAUCAUCUCUCUCCGUGUGCGUAACGUGAGCAAAAACAGCACGGCGGGGUACAAGUGUCGAGCCUUUAAGUUGCAAAAUAAGAUGGAAGUCAAGCUGGCUGCUUUCAAUUUAAUCGCGAGAAUACAGCCCUGGCUCAGUCAAAAUCUGACCGAUCGGGUUGUGAACAGCAGCAGCAUUCUGACGCUCACCUGCCUCGCACAGGGGGUUCCUUACCCCAACAUCAUGUGGUACAAAAACAAUGUUCUACUGAAGGAAGGCCCAGGAAUCACUCUGAGGAAGGACGGCACGCUGAUCAUCGAGAGGGUGAAGAGGGACGACGAGGGUCUGUACGAGUGCGUGGCCGGCAACAGCGAGGGUGUCGUCAAGACCAGCGCUUUGGUCACUGUGCUCGGGGAGGAAGGGAAGCCAAAUGUGGAAGUUAUCAUUCUUGUGUGCACUGGAGCCGCCGCCACCUUCCUCUGGCUCAUGCUCAUUCUUUUCAUCCGCAAGCUUAGGAAGCAGCAGCCAGCGCACUACAAAAUGGGUCCGUCCAUCAUCAUUGACCCCGACGAGUGCCCUCUCGACGAGCAGAAUGACCUCCUCCAGUACGACAGCAACAAAUGGGAGUUUCCCCGUGAUCGUCUGCGAUUAGGCAAAACUCUUGGCCACGGCGCGUUUGGAAAAGUGGUGGAGGCCUCUGCUUUCGGGAUUGACAAACUCUCCACCUGCAAGACUGUUGCAGUCAAGAUGCUGAAAGGCGGCGCGACGUCCAACGAGCGCAAAGCCCUGAUGUCGGAGCUCAAGAUCCUGAUUCACAUCGGCCACCACCUUAACGUGGUCAACCUGCUCGGAGCUUGCACCAAGCCUGGAGGACCAUUGAUGAUGAUAGUGGAGUUCUGCAAAUACGGAAAUUUGUCCAACUAUUUGAGAGGCAAGAGAGAUGACUUUGUGGUUUACAAGAGUCAAGACGGCAAGGUGGUGUCGUCGGGGUGCGAGCUGAGCGAGCUGAUGAAACGCCGCCUGGAGAGCGUGGCCAGCACUGGAAGCUCGGCCAGCUCCGGAUUCAUCGAAGAUAAGAGCUACUGUGACUCAGAGGAAGAGGAAGAAGAGUCCGAAGAUUUAUACAAGCGAGUUCUGACUUUGGAAGAUUUGAUUUGCUACAGCUUCCAAGUCGCAAAGGGGAUGGAGUUCUUGGCCUCUCGCAAGUGCAUCCAUCGUGAUUUGGCCGCUCGAAACAUCCUUCUCUCCGAGAAUAACGUGGUGAAGAUUUGUGAUUUUGGACUGGCCAGAGACAUCUACAAGGACCCUGACUACGUGCGCAAAGGAGAUGCCCGGCUGCCGCUCAAGUGGAUGGCCCCCGAGGCCAUUUUUGACAAGAUCUAUACUACUCAGAGUGACGUUUGGUCCUUUGGGGUUCUCAUGUGGGAGAUCUUCUCGUUGGGCGCGUCGCCAUACCCUGGUGUCCAAAUCGACGAGGAAUUUUGCUGCAGACUGAAAGAGGGAACCAGGAUGAGAGCUCCGGAGUACUCGUCCUCUGAAAUAUAUCAGACCAUGUUGGACUGCUGGCAGGGGGAACCACAGGAGAGGCCCACCUUCACCGAGCUGGUUGAACAUUUGGGCGACCUUCUUCAGGCUAGCGUGCAGCAGGAGGGAAAACACUACAUACCCAUCAACACCGCCCUGCUGGCCAAGGUCGGAGACCUCGAUGCCAGCAACAUGCCGGAAGAAACGCCCACGCGGCCCGUUUCGCAGCGUGAGUCAGGCGGCACCUGGAACAUCAAGAUCAGACCGGCCAGCGUGAAAACCUUCGACGAGGUCACCGUGGAGAGCGACGGCAAUCACGCUCACCAGGGUGUACAGUGUGACAGCGGGAUGGGCCUUUCCUCCGACAACAUGAAUACUCUGAAGAAGUUGGAAUCGUUGGCCGGACGACCUCUCAGCAUCAUGGCUCUGGCCAUGAAGGCAAUGAGCAAGAGCAAAGAGUCCGUACUGAGCGACCCCGAGAAGGACAAGUACCCAGCAAACGUCCCUCUAGACUUCAGUCUGGACGACUCCACGUUGGACGCAGAGCUGGAGUGUCACAGCCCGCCGCCUGACUACAACUACGUGGUGCGCUACUCCACGCCGCCUGUGUAAUCUCCCGCCUUCUUCACGCGUGGCCACCGGCAAGCCUUUCCGCAUGUAUCCCAUAACGAGGACAUGGAAUAAAUGCUGAAAGGGUUUUCCCUUUAGUGGCCACUUGAGCGGCGAGCUAGGAGAAAACUGGAGAAGCUGUGAACUGUGACACGAGCGACCGGUCAACUUGCGUGUUUUGACUCGCCAGGCUGACUUGCCAGCGCUCGAGAGUUUGUUACAGGUGAAAACUGGCUCAGGUAUUUCAGUCAGCUCCAUAUUAGGCUUUUCUACUGUAAAAUGGCCCCACAAGAUUCACCCACCGAGAGGAGAAGACGAGGCUUUUGCUUUCAGCUGGUUUCAUUCAUGACAAAAUGGAAAGAUUCUGCUAUUGUAUUUUUUUUUUUUUUUUUAAACAAUUCCAAACAGUUCCCAGGUGUCUUCCCCAUGACAUUUUUUUCCAAGGACUGAUCAUAAUCCCUUGCGCCAAUUCAACAUAACGACCAUUUGUACCCCUGAAUGCCACAAGAAAUGUUUUGGGAAAGAUUCAACCCAAAUGUUCUUGACUUCUAUAAUAGAAAAGAACACAACCAAAUGAAAUCUAAUUAAAUUCAAGAUUUAUCCAUCGUUCACUUACUAAAAACAAGGCUCUGAACGCCUCAUCUCAGUUCUACAUAGUUCCUUGGUGCCAAGAUGCCACAAGAACAGUGAAUACAAUCACAAAUGCUGAAGCGUGAACAUGCAUCGGUUCAAUAUUUACUGUACGUAUGUACAACUCUUUAAAUUCAAAUUUUUAACAUUUUAAUUGCAGCUCUGCUUACCUUUUGCCUUUAAUGUCGUGAAAUGUCACCCUCCAGUGCCCAGAUUGUGAAUGAAUAGCACCUCCACAAAGGUGUACCCCAUUUUUUCCCAACCCACCGCAUCCCAGAGACUCGACUAUUUGUAAACAAGUCAUUCAAAAAGUCCAAUUUGAACAUUAUUGCAGCUGUGCUUACCUUUUGACUUUGAUGUAGUGAAAUACCCCACCCCCAUGUCUGUGCCCAGAAUUGGGCACAGACAUGGGGGUGGGGUAUCCUCCGCACUACCCAGCCAGGCUCCAGAAACCCAACUAUUUGUCUACGCCCAGCACAAAGUCAAUUUUCCAUAAUGUCCCCCUCAACUACAUUUGCAAAAGAGUGAUGUGAAGAGCUCUAUUUUGUAAAGCUCUCAUGUUUAAGGUGCCCAACGUAUUUACUAAAAGAUCAAAUUACUCAGGUUGACUCGUCGUCAAGUCACAAAUGAAUGGAAGUUUUGCUUUAAAUGUACAUUGAAGGAAUCGAUAGAUACACCCUGGUCAAUUGUAUUUUUGAAGCUUCUUUUUUUGUUUGUUUUUUGUUUGUUUUUUGAAACAUGAAGUAUUUAUUUCAAUUGUAAACACUGUCAACUAGGAAGGUUCGGUUGUGUGUGUGGAGUGACGUUGCGCCACGCAGAUGUUUAUGCUGCUGUGUUCACUGGCAGGAUUCAGCGGGUUUCCUCCUCCGACGUCGUCAUCACGCCGACGAAAGCUUGCGGGGCAGGCUGCGUGGCGAACAGCUUUCAUUCUGUUGCAUUUUGUCAAAUGCCCUCGCUUUCCGACUACAUUUUCAGGGGAAAUUCAAUGUUAGCCCUUAUAUACCGUUCGGGGUCAAAUGUGACCCGUUUGGAUUUUUGACGGCAAUAAAAAGAGCCAAAAUGUCAGCCUUUCAUCCUGAAAUGUGAAACUUUCUCUCAAAAACAUGCCAGACAGAAGUGAGCUUCAGAGAUUGAUAGAGGGCUCAGAAAGUUAGUAGCGCUUUCUCUUGGGUGCUAGAGUAUCUGCAUGUUAAUGAUAAGUGAAUGUGAAUUAUCAUCGGUCAUGAAAAUGCCCAAAUGUGAAAAAGAUCUCUAGUUCAUAAUUUGACAUAGGCCAUUAUUGUGAUGUCAAAUUUGACCCAGAACAUUCUAUGUGCGCAUGGAAAAUGAACAGUAUGUAAGGGUUCAACAAAAGUACCGUGGACCAAACUCAUUCGUUUCCUUGUUUCCUGACCACUACAGAAAACCCACAACAAAAAAUACAUCGACAAGUGAUGAAUUGUGGAGUUUUUAUGCGCAAAGGAAAUGAUUAUGCACUGAUACUUAACAGCAAAUGUAUUUUUUUUUUCAUAUUCUAAUAGUAUUUUCUUUUUUAUUAAACAGUGUUGUGGCUCACAAGUCUUACAUUUAAUACCUAACUCCUUUAUUAGCCAUGUUCAUUCUAUGGAUUAUGUAUGUUGUGAAAUUCCAGUUGACCAAAACGUCCGUGUCAAUGCAGCUUAUCUGGAAUAAAAUGUUUUGUUAUGUACUGUAUGUAAUAACCCACAGCAGUUAAAACCAGUAGUUUAUUUUGCAUUCACUUUCAUUCAUGUAGUGUAACAAGUUGUAUUAUUAAUGUUCCCCAACACUGUUGCUGAGCAUAUGAAGUAAAUAA